UCUCUAGCCAAACUCAUCUCACAACUAAAUAUUAAGAAGAAAGAGUGAAAUAUGGCUAUUCACAAAAAUAUCUUCUUUCUAUGUUUCUUUGUAGGUUUAGGGCUAUGUUCUGCUAGACGAGCACUUCUCUCCUUCUCUGAAUCCGAGGCUGAAGUCGCUGAAUAUGGCGUCAAAAGUGGUUUAAAUGCUGGUGUUGGUAUUGGUGGCGGCAGCGGAGUAGGUGGUGGUGCUGGGUACGGUGGAGCUGGUGGUAUUGGCGCAGGCGGAGGUGGUGGAUAUGGUGGUGGUGCUGGCGGAGGUGGCGGUGGUGGUCCUGGAGGAGGAUCUGGCUACGGAGGCGGUGAAGGUGGUGGAGCCGGUGGGUAUGGCGAGGGACAUAUUGGUGGAGGAGGAGGCGGUGGACACGGGGGUGGUGCUGGCGGAGGUGGUGGUCCUGGAGGAGGCUACGGAGGUGGAAGCGGUGAAGGCGGUGGAGCUGGGUAUGGAGGCGGAGAAGCUGGUGGGCAUGGUGGAGGUGGAGGAAGCGGAGCGGGAGGCGGCGGAGGAGGUGGCGGUGCACAUGGGGGAGGGUACGGUGGUGGACAAGGCGGUGGUGCUGGAGGAGGAUAUGGAGGUGGAGGUGCCGUUGCCGGUGGACAUGGAGGUGGCGGAGGCGGUGGGAAUGGUGGCGGUGGAGGAGGAGGUUCUGGCGAAGGAGGAGCUCACGGUGGUGGUUACGGAGCAGGAGGUGGAGCUGGAGAGGGAUAUGGCGGUGGUGCGGGAGCUGGUGGACAUGGUGGUGGAGGAGGAGGCGGCGGUGGGGCUGGAGGAGGAGGAGGAGGUGGCGGAGGUUAUGCUGCCGCAUCUGGAUAUGGUCACGGCGGGGGUGCUGGUGGAGGAGAAGGCAGCGGUGGCUAUGCACCAUGAAAAGAAUAUCUAUAUGGAGUGUAAGGGCCAUUGAGUGAAGUGUCAUUUCUCGUAAGACACGAUAUACAUAUGAAUGUGGUAAUAAAUAGAGUAAUAUUUUGUAUUAAUAAGCCGUAAAAUGGCGGCUAUAUAUUGUUGAAGUUUAAAAGUUGUAUCCAUGCAUGUUGACAUGUUGUAAACUACUUCGUAUCGUGUGUGUCAAGGUUUUUUUAUAAAUGAAGGUAGUUGUUCCCAACUCCUAAGUUCAUCAA